AUGAGGAGUCGCAGUUCCAGCUACUUGCCACUGGCUGCAGCCGUGGUCUUGCUUCUGGUACUGACGGCGGCCAUGGAGGCUGAAGGCAUCCGGCUAGACGCCGAGACCCGGGCUUCAGUCGGCGGUAGCAGCAGCAACCCAGUGCACAAUAAACCAAGCGAUGAUUUGGUCAAGGGUUCUACCACUGGCUCGGUAAGCGAGAGCGAGGCGACGAGAAGCGCCGGUGCGGUGAAAGAAGUUAGGGCAGUGGCGCACGUGCCGGAGUUCCAUGAAGACUACUACGUUCGAACUGUUCACAGUUCCAGGCACCACUGA